AUGUAUUGGUUUAGGUCUUUUAGCGAAAAAGAGUUUUGUACCAAACGAGGCGAUUUUUCCGAGAGGCAAGAACUUUCUUCUUAUGGCUGGGCGUACUUAUUAAACCAACAGCCGGAUGUUUCGACAAAGAUUUCAGCGUGGACAAAAAAUUUUUUAAAAAUAGCAGAUAAAAUUAUACCAAACAAACUUGUGACGGUUUCAUCAAAAGAUGCACCCUGGUUCAACAGUGAACUACGAGCAAUGUUAAAACAACGUGACAUACUCUAUAAAAAAUAUUCACAACCACUACAUCCAUUGUCUCAUACUUAUCAAGCCUACUUAAAUUCAGCUAAACAGUUUGAGGUAGCAUGUAAUACAACAAAGAAAAAGUAUUUUGAUAAAUAA